ACUGACACCAUGGUUGAGACCCGCAGUGGGAAGAGCACUAGCCCCUACACCUAGGAACAACAAGAGAAGAUUGUCGCCUUAGUGAGAGAAAAUAAGGAAAGGAGGUUGAAGGCGAUCGCAGAGGAGCAGGCGGCGAAGAGGAAGAAAUUGGAGGAAGAGAUGAUGAGGAUUCAGCAGGAGGAGGAAGAGAAGAGAAAGGUUGUCGAAGAGAAAGCAGCAGAAGAAGAAGAAAAGGGGAGAAGACAUAUAGAGGAGAGAGGAGAAAGCAGUGGCACGACAAAUGAGGAUGCCGCAAUGGAGAAGAAGAUCAGCGAGUGGAUAGCUAAUUUAUCGUUGGGGGAGGAUGAGGAGGCAGAGUUCUAUGUGCCCCAGGACGAGAGGGAUGCGUUGACCGCAGAGGUGGCGAAGAUGAAGGAUUGUAGGCAAGAGGUGGAGGCUCAGGCAGACGACUCGGCCAAAUGGGAUAAGGUGUUGGGUUACCUGGAGGUGUUGAGCGCAGCUUGGAUGGAGGAACGCCAAGCCAAUAGAGCUCAGGAGGUAGCCUUGAAGGCCAUGCGGUCCAGUUUUCGGGAUUUUGCGCGCGAGAUGGUUACCCACGUUGGAGGGGAAGUUAGGCGAUUUAGAGACAACGUGGGGAAGUUUUGUGAGGGUGCCAUUGAGGGCGCCGAAGUAGUAGCCGUUGUUGAGGGCGAGGCCAAACCUCGCAAAGAACCAGUCAAACUUAAGUUCCCCGAUGCUUAUGGUGGGAAAUCUGACUUCGAUAACUGGGAGGCUAGCGUAAACAGUUACGUUUACUUACAACACAUCGUACAGGACGAUCAGGUCUUGGAGAAGCUUAGAGAGGCUAACUUCAAGAUCAACGCGAAGAAGUGUGAGUGGGCCAAGACGCAAGUCCUGUACUUGGGCCACAUACUAGACGGAGAUGGCAUUAAGCCAGAGGACAGUAAGAUAGUGACGAUUAGAGAUUGGCCGACGCCCCACACAUUGACAGAGUUGCGGUCUUUCUUAGGCCUAGCUAACUACUAUAGAAAGUUCGUAAGGAACUUUUCUACUAUCGCCGCUCCCUUGCUCAGGUUGCUUAAGAAAGAGGCAAUCUGGCAAUGGGACAAAGAUUGUACGUCUGCGCUAAAGAGACUGAAGCGCGUGUUAAUAGAGUACCAUGUCCUCAAAGUGGCAGAUCUGUCUCUGCCAUUUGUCGUCACCACGGACGCGAGUCAAUAUGGUAUAGGCGUCGUGUUGCAGCAAGAUGACGGCAAUGGCUAUAGACCCGUAGAGUUCAUGUCCGCGAGGAUGCCUUCAGAGAAAGUAGCCACCUCGACGUAUGAGAGAGAACUCUACGCUCUCAGGCAGACCUUAGAGCAUUGGAAGCAUUACCUGCUUGGGAGGCACUUCAAAGUCUAUUCUGACCAUGAAACGCUUCGAUGGUUAAAGACUCAGGCCAAGAUGACACCUAAGUUAACUAGGUGGGCCGCUGAGAUAGACCAAUAUGACUUUGAGCUUAAGUCUGUCAAAGGCAAGUAUAACGUAGUCGCCGAUGCUCUGAGUAAAAGAUCAGACUACUUUGGAGUUAUAAUACACUAUCUGGAUAUAGGGAGAGACCUGCAGGAGAAAGUGAGGCAAGCGUAUGCGCAGGACCCUAUCUAUAGUGACCUCCUAAAGAAAGUUAGAGAAGCCCCAGAGACAGAGUCAGAUUACCGCACUAUAGAGGGUUUGCUAUUCGAGAAGACUAAUGUGUUCGACCGUCUAUGCGUCCCCAACAGCGAGGAGAUCCGUAGCCUGAUCCUAGGGGAAUGCCAUGACAUAGAGGGACACUUUGGUUGGCAAAAGACAUUAGCCAACCUGAUGCGUGCGUAUACCUGGCCAGGGAUGAAGAAUGACUGCAUAGAGUAUGUUCGCAGUUGUAAAGUGUGGCAGAGGAAUAAGACUACUACGCGCGCACCUCUAGGUCUUCUAAGACCUCUGCCUAUUCCUGAUCAGCCUGGAGAUUCCGUGUCCGUAGACUUCAUGGAUACUCAGGUCAAGAGUAGGCAUGGCAAGAGCCAAGUCAUAGUCAUAGUUGACCGAUUUAACAAGUAUGCCGUUUUUGUUCCUUUGCCUACAGAGGCACGCACAUAAUUAGUUAUUCAAAAGUUUUUUUAUCAUUGGGUUAGUGAGAACGGAGUCC